CACUGUCACACAAUCGAUAACAUACAAUAAUGCCUUUUUAAGGGUAAUGUGUCAAAGGGAUUAAUGUGAUUGAUGCUUGCAUUGGUUUUGUACAGAAAUAUACUGUAGGGACAAUUAUUAGGCACGUAUUUUCUUCCUAUUGUUCAAUUUUACAACUCGUGGUGCAGCUAUAUGAGAGGAUAUUCAAAUAUUUUGCCCAAAUAUUAUGCAUAGCUCUCAGUAGAGUGUAGUAGAUAACAGUAAAAGUAGUAGUGGUAUACAUGGUUACAUAAUGUGGCUUGUCGGCUUGACAACACAACUCGCAACAUCAUGUUAAAAUGUUUCGAUGUAUUUGUUAACAUUUAGCCAAAGAUUUGUUAUGUCUUUACGUGUGAGUUACAAUGUUUGCAAGCGUGCACUACGCUAAUUGCAUAGCUUGUUAAGCUGUUCCCUUAACCUCGUUUGUUUUGCGACACUUGAUCACGUCUGAUCGCUGAAACCAAUGUUAAUCAAUAAAAGCCUGUCAUUAAAACUAACCAAGAGGUCGUUUACUACAUACUUUCUGAUGGAAAAACACAUAAUACGGGAAAACUCAAGACAAAAACAUGAUGUGCAAACAAAUAUAAUGUAUGGAUAUAUGUGGUAACUCUGAAAAUACACUAGAUGCGCAAAAUGCAGCAUGUUAGCAAUGUUUUACUGCAGCUUAACAGUGACUUCAGAAGCUAGCUAGCAUUAGCACGCUACCUCUGAGAACGGAUGUUCCUCACGUAGAUUAGUUUGCUUGGAGGACGUAGAUUAGCUUGCUUGGAGGACGUUGUUUUGUGAAGAACACAGCACUUUGCCGACGCUCAGGUGGACAGUCCUCUUAGUCCUCUUCCACAAUAUUUAAGUCAUACAGUCAACGGGUGGAUGCAUUGCAAACUGUUGCCGUUCGUUUCCAAGAUUACGCCUGCGUGGUUGCCACGUAACAACGUCAAGGGUGUCACGUGACUACAGUGGCAGGAAAAACCUACGCAUUCAACGUAGCAGUUUUUUUUUCUGUACUUUGCUGUUGAAUCACUACUCUUUCUUAACAUGCUUUUACAUCUUCAUAAAUAUAACCCAGAGCCAGCGAGCAGCAUGAUGGUAUUGAGUUGGGGAGCACCAUAUUUUACAAACCCAAGUCUUCUCCAGCAACUAUUGACUGUCAUUCUGACUGUGACUCUGCCUUCAGAAAGUGCUGCUCAGACUGAGCUCAGGGGGGAGAUUGGUCAGAAUGUGACUAUUUCUUGCCCUGUGGAAAGACAAAACACAAUCAAAUUCUUCUACCUUCAGAAGGAUGAAGUUUUUGUAAAUGGCUUCUAUACUUCAAGAACGAUACCAAAGGAGAAAUGGCCAAACACCAGAGUGGUACACGGCAAAGCAACAGUGCAAAUGUUACAUUUAAAGGCGUCACACGACGGAGACUACGAGUGCCACAUCCAGUACAACGGCAGUGAAAAUGUUUCUUCCAUCGUCAUACACCUCAGUGUCACAGCCAAGUAUAGCAAACCAAACGUCACCAUGUCCUGCGAUGACAACAUCUGCCUGGUGACGUGUGCCUCGCAUGGAGGUUACCCGCGCGCCGAACUGAUGUGGAAUGGCGUUGGUGACGGCAGCAGCCCAGCGUGGAAGGUUCUGAAUGUCAGUGAAGAGAGCGAUCCGGACACCAUGCUGUACAACACUUCCAGCACUUCAUCCUUCAACUGCUCCUAUGGGGCGAAAAGGCUGAUCAAUUGUUCUGUGGGUGGUGUCGCAUCUGAUAUGUUACCUGUCUGUGUUCCAAAGGAUCCUCCUGACAUUUACAUUCUCAUCGUGAUUGGAAUCUGCUCACUGCUGGGCCUUAUUGCGUUGAUUCCAUUGUUGCUGAGAUGGAAACACAAAAAAGAACAGACAAGAGCUGGGGACCCAAAAGAAGCCAUUCCCCUCAAUUAAAGCCAAUGGACGAAGAUGGUACAUCUGCGAGCGGCGGCAACGUAAGCCACGUCCAUCAAGACUCCAAAGUGAUUCAUGUUGGUGUUCUAUAAUCCUAUCGUCAAAGUCAGUAGUUCUUUCAACUGUAUUGUAUUGCAUAUUGCAGUAUUUGUCUUAUUUUGCACAAACUGUGUUUAUUUGUGAAAUGAAUGCAUAAUGUCUUCAUGUCUUCAAAAGCAGAUGUCAAUAUCUGAAUCAGUUGAUAUCAGUAUUGGUAAUGAAGUGCUGGACAAUAUCGGAUAUCGGAAAGGAAGCCAAUAUGGAACAUCUCUCGUUUAGACUUCCUUGAUAGUUGUGUUCUAAGAGUUCAUUUCAAUCUAAAAAGUGAAGUACUGACAAAGCAAGUUUGCUUUUCUCAUGAGUUAUGUAAGGAAUGAUAAAGAAACACAAGUGGCAUUAUUAUGAUCACAUGCAACGCCGCAAGCUACACCUGCACUCAUACACAUAACACCCUUCAAAUGUGGGCAUUAAUAUCUUUCAAAUAAGCUCAGCUUUUAUAUUGCAUCUCACGGGUAUCUGUGUACCUAAUGAAGAGUCCUGUGAUGCGCUGUGUGCAAAUAUUACACGUUUCACUACUGGAAAGGGUGCUGCCUUUAAACAUAAAGCUGUACAAAACACUGUUCUCAGAUGAUGUUGCUAUCUUUAUGCUGGUGCUGUCCUGUAUGUUUGAGUAACGCUGUUCAUUAAAGAUGGUAUGAUACGCUGCAUUUGUCUUUUGACAAGACUUUAAUUAUUCGUAUGAGUGAACGGAAACAAGAAACUACUGGGGUGAAUUGUCAAAUGUCAAAAACAUUGAGACAAAGUAAACUAUACGCAGAGCCUGCCCGACCCAAAGUGGUGCACUCGCAGAGAUUUGACUGUACUUUAUACGGUAUUUACUGUACAUACGCUUGCAAUAGAAAUUGAAUGGCUGUGUUUUUACCGUUAUCUUUCUUUUGUAAAGUAAUGUGUU